GCGACCCUUACGAGGCGUCACGAGUCACUUGAGCGAUCAUGGGGGAGCCGAAGGAGAAUAACAGUUAAGUUUAGCCGGCAACGAACUGUCGUUGAUUAAAUAAAUCGGCGACAGUCCGGCCGGGGCGAGCUACCGGAAGCCAUCAUGGCCAACAUCACGAAGAAGGUGUCGUGGUCCAGCCGGGCCGACGAGUCCGGGGCGACCGGGGAGGGGACGCCGCUGCUCAACGGCUCCGGGCAGCCCAGAUACUGCAGACAGCUGUCUGGAGGCAGUAUAUUUCAGGUAGGCAGACUCAGCACGGUGGAUUUGGAGGAGGAGAUAUCGGCGGAGGAGGACUCUCUUCGGGGGCGGCUUAAAGAGAUCCCUCACAACGAGAAGCUGCUGUCACUUAAAUUUGAGAGUCUGGACUAUGAUAACAUUGAGAACCAGCUGUUCCUGGAGGAGGAGAGGAGGAUGAGUUACAUGGGUUUCCGCUGUCUGGAGAUCAGUCGCUGGGUGGUUUGUGGUCUGAUCGGCUUCCUGACCGGCCUCAUCGCCUGUUUCAUAGACAUCGUGGUGGAGGAACUGGCUGGGAUCAAAUACCGAGUGGUCAAAGAGAACAUCGAGAAGUUCACCGAGGUGGGCGGGCUGUCGAUCUCCCUCAUCCUCUGGGUUGUCCUCAACUCCAUCUUUGUCAUGGUGGGGGCCAUCAUCGUUGCGUGUUUCGAGCCCAUAGCAGCAGGGAGUGGUAUCCCUCAGAUCAAGUGUUACCUGAACGGAGUCAAGAUUCCCAGGGUGGUACGACUCAAGACCCUGGUGGUGAAAGUGGCCGGGGUUAUCUGUUCAGUGGUUGGCGGUCUGGCUGUCGGAAAGGAAGGGCCCAUGAUUCACUCUGGUGCUGUUGUAGCUGCCGGGGUCUCACAGGGCAGGAGCACCUCUUUAAAGAAAGACUUCAAGAUGUUUGAAUAUUUCCGGAGAGACACUGAAAAACGUGACUUUGUGUCAGCCGGAGCGGCUGCCGGAGUUUCGGCUGCUUUCGGAGCACCAGUCGGCGGCGUUCUGUUCUCUCUGGAGGAGGGAGCUUCUUUCUGGAACCAGAUGCUGACGUGGAGGAUAUUCUUUGCCUCCAUGAUCUCCACCUUCACCCUCAACUUCUUCCUCAGUAUCUACCACAAAAACGCAGGAGACCUUUCCAACCCGGGUCUCAUCAACUUUGGGCGCUUUGAGAGCGAUAGUGUGGCCUACAACCUCUAUGAGAUUCCCCUGUUCAUCAUUAUGGGAGCUAUAGGUGGGUUGCUGGGAGCUCUGUUCAACAAGCUCAACUACUGGCUGACCAUCUUCAGGAUCAGUUAUGUUCAUCGCCCUGGUUUACAAGUGAUGGAGGCCAUGCUGGUUGCUGCGGUGACCGCGACUGUUUCCUUCACCAUGAUCUACUUCUCUGACGACUGUCAGCCUCUGGGGCCUGAUCACACUGAAGAGUACCCACUGCAGUUGUUCUGUGCAGAUGGAGAGUAUAACUCCAUGGCAACGACCUUCUUCAACACUCCAGAGAGAAGUGUUCGUAGUCUCUUCCACAACCAGCCAGGAACCUACAACCCUUUGACCCUGGGGUUGUUCACUGUGACUUAUUUCUUCUUGGCGUGUUGGACCUACGGCCUGACUGUGUCUGCUGGAGUCUUCAUCCCGUCUCUGCUGAUCGGAGCAGCCUGGGGACGGUUGUUUGGAAUCCUGCUGGCCUCCAUCACCGCGACCGGCUCGAUCUGGACUGACUCUGGUAAAUACGCCCUGAUCGGAGCUGCAGCUCAGUUAGGUGGCAUAGUGAGGAUGACUCUCAGCUUGACUGUCAUCAUGGUGGAAGCUACGGGAAACGUCACGUACGGUCUUCCCAUCAUGCUCGUCCUCAUGACAGCCAAGAUCGUAGGAGACUAUUUUGUGGAGGGUCUGUACGAUAUCCACAUCAAGCUGCAGAGCGUUCCCUUCCUGCACUGGGAUGCUCCUGCCACCUCCCACUGGUUGACCGCCAGAGAGGUAAUGAGUUCGCCAGUCACCUGCUUGAACAGGAUAGAGAAGGUGGGAACCAUUGUGGACAUCCUUAGCAACACAUCCACCAAUCACAACGGCUUCCCGGUCGUCAUACAGGGUGCCGACGGUGACGAGCCAUCGAAGCUCUGCGGCCUCAUCCUCCGCUCUCAGCUCAUUGUUCUUCUCAAGCACAAGGUGUUCGUGGAGCUGGCCCGGUCCCGGCUGACCCUGAGGAAGCUCCAGCUGAAGGACUUCAGGGACGCCUACCCCCGCUUCCCCCCGAUCCAGAGCAUCCACGUCUCCCAGGACGAGAGGGAGUGCAUGAUGGACCUCACCGAGUUCAUGAACGCAACGCCUUACACAGUACCACAGGACACUUCUCUGCCUCGUGUGUUCAAGCUGUUCAGAGCGCUGGGACUCAGACACCUGGUGGUGGUGGAUGAUGAGAACCGGGUGGUCGGACUGGUGACCAGGAAGGACUUGGCCAGAUAUCACCUGGGCAAACACGGACUGGAGGAGCUUCAGCUGGCCCAGACAUAGUACACACACACACACACACACACACACACACGCGCCAUGAACUCUGACCUCUCGUAAGCUGUUCUCUACGAGCUGUGUAGCUCUAUUGCAGGACACCAUCAAAGGCCCAAGAGGUCGCCAUUAAUCUUUGAAGCUAUAAUGGUCACCAUGACAACACAAGGAAACUUCACCUUUUUUUUUAUGUUGUGUUCACGCCAACUGAGAAGCAAAUUUUUUUGCGGCAUGAACCCCUGCCCAAAAACAGAAGAGAUUUUCGCUUUUAUUUAAUUGCAGAAAACAAAAUAAAAAAGGAUGAUAAAAUACAUAAUGAAGCCGAUUUGUAAAAAAAGGCUGAAUUUAUGUUUCGUCCUGUCUUGCCGACAAGCAAACGGCUUUUUUAAAAUGCUUGUUUUCUGAGCGCCGUUCGGAUCGACCUGUGCACGUUUCCAUUAACUCUUUAUCAACACGCGGCAUGACGCCAUCUGCGAGGCGCUAACGUAGAACUCUGACCACAGACGGCUACAAGACCCGUUUCCUCUUUGUUGCGCGAGAGGUUCACUUCGUGUUUGGCGUCGACGCAACAAUAAUUGUUUUACUUUGAAAGGAUUCUGACUUCUAUUAUUGUCAUCACAGUUUGAUCACUGGGCUUUUUUUUUAACCCUUUUUUGUUCUUUUGGUCUUAUGCAAAUAAUACUAAUGUGUCAUGGGACAGAAGAGAAAAUAUUUGCCUUAUUGCAGGAUUUUAAAUUGUACUUGUACAUAUAUUCACGGACCUCACUCCAGAUAUUUUAGGUAUGUGGUCAAGUUAAAUCAGAAUGACAGGAUCUUUUCAAAAUAAAACUGCCCCUUCUUCCACUCUGUUCUCCGACGUAUGCAGUGAUGUAUCUUCAAACUAUUCAGACGAACGCUUCUCGCUUAUUAAACUGAAGACAUUUAGAAUUUUUUUUUUUUGAGCGAGUGUUAAUGGCUUUUAUUUUUUCUGUUGUAGUUUUUGCACUGAGCGAAUGCGGUUAUUUAUUGAUUAUUGUAUUUUAAGUGUGUGGUUUGGGCAAUCGCGUCCAUCAGAGUUUUCACAAAUCCCAUAAUUCAAGAUUAUGACGGCUUCUGAUAAUUUUAGCCUGGAGGCGAUCAGAGAGGUCUUUACUGAGCUCAUAUAUACUGUAUAUGUAUAUAUAUAUUUGUACUACUGUCGGUAAAAACAUGGAUUGAUACUCGCAGGUAGCAACGUCAUUUUUAACACUUCCAUAUGUUUGCACUUUGGCCGGAACUACUGAAAAGAAAACCUUUUUUUAAUGAGAAAUACCCACAAGUAUCCCUUAAUGAAGCUCUCCGUAUGAAUGUAAAUGUUACCGCAGAUCUUCCGUUGGAGCCGUUUAUUCCUGACUUCCUCUCGUCAGAUCAACACACAAUUUGUAAAAGAAAAUAAAUUUCAAUAAAUUUCUUUCUUUUUUUGUUCCUUUGUGCAAUUCAUAGGUUUUACUCUGAUUUUGUCUCUGUUGUGUUUUUGUUGUACAGUUCUAGGUAACAUGGACUAUGCUCUAUUUUAUAACUACUGGAUAAGCCUUUUGUUAAUUAAUAAAAAUUGAAAUCCUC